AUGCCGAAACGAAAUGCCAACAACACCGGGUCGCGCACCCCCCUUCCCGAUCAGAUGGCCGCGGCUGGCCCCGGCCACCCGGUCCUAUAUACUCAACAGCAGCAACGCAACAACGUUACCACUAACUACUAUGCCAUACCGGAUACAUCCGACUCAAAUUCUUCCGUGGGCCUCCAUGUUCAGCAGCAGCAGCAACGGCAAGUUUGCGACGAUUUUCCAGCUCCCAUCCCCAUCCCGCUGGUACCGCACCGUGCCAGUUCCGGUGCCUGGAGCCCCCAGGACGACAACCAGCUCGUGCUCGCCCGCAUGCAAGGGCUGAACUGGAGCCAGAUAAAGGACCAGUACUUUCCGAAAAAGUCACCCAACGCUUGCCGCAAGCGUCACGAGCGUUUGAUGGAGCGUAAAGGUUCCGAUGACUGGGACAACCGCAAGUUGCAGCGGCUAGCCAAGGAGUACAUGGGCAUGCGCAAGGAAAUAUGGAGCGGCCUGGCGGCUCGUACGGGUGAGAAGUGGAAUGUGGUCGAACAAAAGUGCAUGUCCAACGGGAUCAAGAACUUGCAGAGUGCUGCCCGCGCGGCAACACGGCGUGAACGUCUCGAGAAUGGCCCGCAUUUCACAGGAUAUGAUGACGACAGCGGCCUGUCCGGGAUCGACCUUACUCCUGAUGGUGAAAUCCAGCCCCUGAGCUCCUAUUCCAGCUAUCCGCAGUCCCAGCAACAGUUUCAGCAGCAGCAACAGCAGCAGCAGCAGCAGCAGCAUAUGCAGCAACACAGUCCGUACGCAGUCGCCUACGCCCCGCCCGGCUACGCCACACAAAACGACUACUCGUCAAGCGUGAGUUCGACGGCGAGCAUGGCGGCAGCGGUGGCGGCAGCGACAGCGAGCCGACGGUACACGUCACACGGCAGCAGCGAGAGGAGCAGCCCAUAUAUCGACCCUGAGAGGAUCUCUGGCGUCGACAUGGGCAACGGAACGGCCAUGAACCGCUCGGCUAGGCGUAGGGGGACAUGA